CGGUCGCAGAAGCUGACAGACCUCCAAGGUGUUCAACUACCAGGAAUUUUUAGGGCGCGCAACGAACUACUUACUUCCGUGGUUGGCCCUAACGGCGCAGCUGCCGUACGAAGGCGGGAGCGCGAAAGCUAACGUCAUGAGCUUUUGCAUGUCGCUCGGCAGUCCCGCGCUGGCGACUUAUUCCUUGAUGAUAACCAUCCUCAACCAGAACUGGCUUCGCAGAAUCUGUGCCAGCCUCCCGAAAUACGAGGAUGGAGAGAACCAGGUCCAGAAUCCUUACACCAAGCGGAUGUCGUCUGCGCGUGUGCUUUUGGAAGCAGCCCAGCAAGCGCCCCUUCAGAUAUCUGAGACCGACGGCUCGCUGAGCAGUUUGGUCAUUCUGGAGGCCAACAACUCCUGGUGGAACUCGGUCGAGAAGAGGCUGCAAGCUACUAAGCGGAACGUCACGUUGUCGCUGGUCGCCCAGAUGCUUGUCGCCGCCGGGGCAUGGGUGCUGACAGUGGCUGGGUCUUUCAUUGCGUCGUUGGGGGAUCACACCGAGGCACUGAUAUUGUCAUCUAGCGCUCUGUGGAUGUGGCUGGUUCCAAUCAUCUGGGGUUGGAUUGCGGUGGGUACCCAGUACGGGUCGGACACGAUCGAUGACACCCUGUCCGAGUUCAUGUUGCUCAGGGCGGGUCAACAGAACGCGCCCCCUCACAAAACUUCUAGACAGGAAGCAUUCAAGGUCCUGAAAUCGCUGCCCAACGAACGGUUGCCGAGAUUUCUGAUCUUCGACAUAUGUGGCGAUGAGAUACAGCAGGGGCCUACCUUCAACUACGCUCGAGUGUUUACAUGGUGGAGCGCGGCAAAGUCGAUUCACAAUACUUUUCAAGCUGUGGCGACAAAGUAUAACGAUCGACAACCUUUGCCUGCGGCAGGUGGCUCAGCGAACAAUGCCGUUUUCGAGAAUGGCGCUGUCAGCCCCGGUGUCGGUGCCAGCACUGAGCCAGGGGUUAUAGGGACGACGAACCUCACCAAUUAUCCAACAGGAAGCUCCACGGCAGGUGCGGCCAUUUCCCCUGGGAACAGUCAUAGUCCGGUCAGGGGACGGGAAGUCCACACCCCAGCGAGUGAAGCUGGGCUUCUGCGAGCACAGGCUGCUGAGACGAGACCGGGGGUUGUUGAGCUUCAACCGAUUAGGACCGAGCCCCAGCAAGAACCCCUUACAGAGACCAUGCCGGAGGAGACCGAGUCCCAAACGACCAGAACCUGGCCGCCGCGGAAUGUUGAUGCGGAAAAUAUUGUAGGUGCCAGCCGAGUGCGAUCUUUUCGAAUGCGCGACCUCAACGGAACCGUCGACCAGCUCAAUCAAUACUGCGGCUUCGGGCCAGAAACACGACUCAAGCGUUACCCAUCGUGGAAGGAAAUCGUUGAGGACGGGGAUAUCUUGAUUCGCAUUGCCGUUGCAGCCAUGGUCGGUCUUUUUGUACAGUGGGGGACGACCAUCCCAGCAGUCAUCAUCGCAUACUUGACAGACGUAAAGGGAAUAGGCUGCCGCUCCGGCAGCUACCUCAUUUACGGAAUAGCUGGCACUGCAGCUUUUAGUUUGUUCCUUAUGACGACCCUCUUCUCUCACGCCGCCAUCCUUUCCCAUGAAGCUGCUCACGCGGCGAGGGAAGCGAGGAGAGCGGGAGAAGACAUGAGCUCACGUACUGUCUCACCACCCGGGAAAAGUUGCCGUCAACCGCAACGUCAGCACGCGGAAGAGACGACGAGGCCUUGCCCCUACAAGGGAUCACCGGUGCUGGCCGUGCUCGCAGUAUCGACACGCAUUUUCGGUCAUCUGAUUGUAAUUGGAAACGCUACUUGGAUCAUUCUAAGCUCGCUUUGGGAGCUGGUUGGGUUCUACGACAGCUGCUGGUGCGAGGGGACGACGUUCAGUACCGGGGACUAUGCUUGGGUUGCGCUGUUCAAGCAGGCAGUGGAUUUGCGCGAGAGGGCCGAAGGGCCUUGGGCUGGCGGGGUGGCAAUGAGUAUGAUCGUCGCCUCCGUCUCGCUGUUCGGGUUUGUGGUGCUUUGCAAAGAUGUCAAAGAGCGGUAGAUCUGUAUGGACUGAUUGGGACCUGCGGUCUGGUUACUUAACGGAACUUUGUAUUCUACGACAGUGAGUGUUAAUGGUGGACUAAUAUCUCGAUACCCAGGCCUGCUG